AUGAAUGACACGGAAGAAUAUGUGAAAAAUUCACAAGCGGAAGCGGAGAAGCCGCUGGAUUUGAAGCCGCCGCCGAGGACCACGGCAACGAGCAGGAAGCCCAGCGCCACCAGACUCACCUCGCCCGCUCCAAUUCUAGAGGAUUCUGAAGGGACGGAGGAGACCCAAGGUCUACAAGAAAAACCUGCGGUCAGUCCCCAGAAUUUGGAAGGUACGGAAAAUGUGCCAGAGCAGAUCACCCGAGCUUCAGAUGUGGAUGAUGAGCUUAGCGAGGAGAAAGGCGAGAUGAGCGCACAAGAAGGCACCACCGGCGCCACUACCGUAACCCGAUUUUCAGCGCUCCUCGUUGCACUAAUUGCUUUUUGGAGCUUAGAUAUU